AUUGCCUUCCUUUUAUUACUAGUUUUUUUAGACCACGUCAAAGAAACUUUAAAAUAAUAAACAAUAAUUAUGUCGUCAGGGCCAAUGGUAUUAUGUCAAUUAUGGAUGGGUGGCUUGGAGCCAUACAUGACGGAAAGUUUUAUUAUGAACGCUUUCCAUAAAAUGGGAGAACAACCUCAAACUGUAAAAGUAAUGCGAAAUCGGUAUACUGGUGAACCGGCUGGUUAUUGUUUUGUACACUUUCCAACAGAUGAAAUGGCAUUGGAUGCUAUGCAUAAGCUUAAUGGCAAAGCUAUUCCUGGUUCAAAUCCUACAGUAAGAUUUCGGCUAAAUCAUGCCAGCACUACCGGUAAACCUGCCGCUGACAGAGAAUUCAGUAUUUGGGUUGGAGAUUUAUCAACGGAUGUUGACGAUUAUUCUUUAUAUAGAGCAUUCGCUGCUAAAUAUAAUUCCAUUAGAACAGCUAAAGUAAUAUUGGAUAGUUCAGGAUUCAGUAAAGGUUACGGUUUUGUAAGAUUCGCUAAUGAAGAAGAACAAAAGAAUAGUUUGGUUGCGAUGAAUGGAUACAGAGGAUUAGGAACAAAGUCUCUCAAAAUCUGCAAUGCAGUACCAAGACCUUGGAAUAAAAUAUCGACACCACCUCAAUCGUCUUCAGAAUAUGCACCAUCCAACAUGAACUCUGAAGCAUAUAACUAUUACGAUACUUCUUCCUAUUGGAGUAGUUACAGUGCUUGGCAACAAGGUUAUUACGAAAGUGAACCAACAUCGGACGCUUACAAUAGCUAUGUUUCUGAUCAGAAACCAGAAGAAGAUGAAUUAGAAUUAAUUGAACAUUCUGUACCUUUGGAUAUUGACAAAUUUAAUAGAGAAAUAAUUGAACAAGAUUAUAAUUUAUGGGAUGCUUUAGAAAGUUCAAAAUGGAUUCCUUGCGAUACAAUAGAAUUAUGUUAUUAGUAAUUUUGUAUCGCAUUAUUUCCAUUUUCGUACAUCCUAAUAUCUCAUACAAUUUUUCUCUUGAAAUUGUAAAUAUUUAAAUACUACUCAACAAAAAAAUUGAGUGGUUAUUGCAUAUAAAAAACUCCUGCUGGAAAUAAUAGCUUAAGCGAUUAGUUAUUUCGUGCGUAUCCUACGUCACACUUACUUGUCGUCAGUUAUAUUAAAGUCGUC